AUGGGCAAAGGCUGGGUUGAUGUACUGUUUGGCGGACGGGAUAACUGCCACGUGGAAAACAUUCUGUUUGAAGUGGUUGAUCUGGAUAGCCGUUACCAUGCCCUGCUAGGAAGGCCGACAUUUGCGAAGUUCAUGGCCUCUACCGAUACGGCUUACCUGAAGAUGAUGAUACCGGCGUCCAACGGUCCAAUAACCGUGGUGGGCAACUACAAGGUCUCGAUGGAAACUGCUUCAGCCGAAUCAAACUUGGCUGAGUCACUGGUCAUAGCAGAAGAGAAAAGGAGGAUCCAAACUGCUGUCGCGCUGGCACAAUCAUCCCAGCUGAACUUAGCAGCACUGAGCAGCCCACUUGGAGGAACGGCAUUCAAGCCAUCAAAGGAGACGAAGGACAUCAUGCUGGACCCAGCAUACCCGGAGUGCACCGUUCGCAUUGGUGCCGGACUGAGUGAGGCAUAG